UACUGCUGGUUUUUAAAGCCAUAAAUGGCCUGACUAGUUACUAAGGGAAACUCUGGAAAACUCUGGAACUCCUUGCCAGAGGAUCUCAGUACGGCCAAACUCUGUGUCCUCUUUUAAAUCUCUUCUUAACACUCACUUUUAUUUCUUGGCUUUCUAGUCAUUGAUCCUAUCAAACUCAAUUUCUUUUUUUAUUUUCUUUUAUUGAAUUUUACUGUAUUUUACCUAAUUAAUCACUGAUUGUCCUUUUCGGUUUGCAAUAAUUUUGUUAUUGUUAAGCACUUUGUAACUGUGAGUUUUUAAAAGUGCUAUAUAAAUAAAGUUUUAUUAUGUAGUAUUAUUAUGUCCUGCCACUCUUUAACAAUAACAUUAAUUUCCUGCGUGAAAAAGUUGUGCCUGAACUUUGCUGAGCCAGUGUGAUUUGGGUGAUUUCAUUUAUCUUGGCUCAUUAUAGCUCUUCUCAGGAGUGCUUGGGCCUGAACAGACUGUUUUGACAUCUACUAUGUUGCAGUUGUUACUGUGGUAGUAAUUGGCCCUUUAACCAUCUUAAUUAAAAAGUAACUUGAGAUUAGCUUGACCAUUUUGUAUACAGUUCAUACUAGUAGUAUUAGUUUUUAGUAUGUAGCAAGGAACUGCAACUUAUCAAAAAUAGUAUAUUUUCUUUAACAUUUAUGUGUUCUCAAGUUUUCCUGACUGACUGUUAGCCCAACAUUUAUAAUCCUGACACUUGAGUUAAAAAUCAGAAAGAGAUAUGCAUGAUGUCUAUGACACAAAUACAUCAAAUAACCAUGUAUAAUGUCAAAACUAGAUGUCAGUGUAGUGCCAGUUUUUAGAGCCAGUAGUAGUAGUAGAAGUAUUGCUCCCAUUGUUGAUGGAACAGCAUGGUUCUUAAUUAAAGUCCUUUAGAUAGUCAUGGUACAACAGGACAUACAUACAUACAUACAUACAUACAAUUCAAGUGAAAUCUUCUGUCUCUUUAAAAGCACUGUGCUUAAAAUAAGUAUUCCUGACAAUCUAAAUGUACUUGUACUACUUCUAGAACUGAAACAGCUUACUGAAAGAAAUGAAUUUAUCUAGGGCAAAUACAAUUCUUCUCUUUUAUUUAUUUAUUUGAUGAGGGGUCAUCAAAAUCCAUAUGGGUAGUCGCUUCCAUAUGGGUAAAGCAAAAGAUGCAAAAAUAAGAUAAAAGCCAUUGGUGGUCAAGGUGAGAAUGAAUUAACUAAUUUUUACUUAAUAAUCUAACCUGUAACUGAGAUUUUAUUACUGGAGAAUACUACAGAAUGUUUGAUCAUCACUGGCAAGUACAAAAUUAUUUUGCUGAAGUCAAAAUUUAUGCAGAAUUAUGGCUAUCAUUUAAUAAAGAACUAAUCUGAUAACAUUUGAUGAAUAAGUAAAUGUUUAUUAUAACAAGGUGUAAAGUAGUGUAGUGGCAAGGAGAAAUACCUUGUGAGACAGAGAAGAAGGUAACUGAAGUUACCAUUUAACAGUUGGUGUACAUGUGCAUUUGUAUGACUGAAUUUGUGCAUAUGUGUUUCUGAUGUGCACAUGUAUGCCUACACUUUCCAUAACAUCAACAGUAUUAGUGGCAGUGAUGGAAGGCAUUCCAGUGUUAAGAGUACAGCCUCAGAGGGCAGCUGCUCUUUGACCACAGUGGACUUAAAGAGCUUCAAGGACACAUGGAACCAAGAGAUUCGUCACAACAAGGAGACGUGGAAGGCCCAUGCCGCCAAAGACUUUGAGGAAAAUGCAAAGAAGGGGGCAGUGGCCCAGGAAGAGAAUGAGGCAGAAGAGGAGACAGAGUCGAAGAAGAUUGUUGACAGACCCAGCACAGGGCAUGAAGAAAUGAAAACAGAUGCGGAAGAACAGGAGGAGGUGGAAAACAGGAGGCAGCAAGAGAAGCGACAGCCUAAAGAGAAGCGAGACAACAAUCCAGGAAGGACUGAAGCCUCCCUGCAGGGAUCAAAACCCAGUUACAUGGACAAGAAGAAACCUGACAGCCACACAGGGACACAGCUGCAGCAAUGUCAGAAUGACCCUCAGCCUGACUGCCCUCCGGUCCAUUACUACAAGAGACCCAGCUACUGUGCUGGCACCUACAGACUGCUCAAGUCUAAGGUCACUGACAUACAGCCCAUUGAUGCCAGGUGGAAAGCCAGGAAACUGCAGUGCAUCUCCCUGCGUCGCCGAAAGUGAC